UCCUCUCUCUCCCUCUCGCUCUCUCUCCGUAUGAAUUUGCUGUACAUGUGUCUACGAGAAUUGGUGCUUCUGGAUAUUAUUUUCAGUCAUUAUAUUGAUUCUUUUGUGAUGCUUACUGAAAUGAACAUCAAAUUUAGCGUUUAAUGGGUCCGUUUACGCUGGCUGUUGAUGCAAAGAGCUCUGGUGGAAUCUCUUCAGACGCCUCAAAUAGGAAAAUGCAAGAGCUUCAGUUGGAACCAAAAAAGUUCUUUGCCUCGGUUAAUGCACGAGAUGAAAAUCCAUUUGAUUUUCUGCGUAUAUUAUUUGAGGGUGUAAUAGCUGGUGGCACAGCUGGUGUCGUGGUUGAAACAGCUCUAUAUCCUAUUGAUACAAUAAAGACCCGGCUGCAGGCAGCACGUGGUGGAGGUAAAAUAAUUCUCAAAGGGUUAUAUUCUGGACUUGCUGGAAAUCUUGCUGGGGUCUUACCUGCAUCUGCUGUCUUUAUUGGUGUUUAUGAACCUGCGAAGCAACAACUAUUAAGGAACCUUCCUGAAAAUCUCAGUGCCGUGGCUCAUCUGAUAUCAUACAGGAUUCUCGUCGGAGUAUUGACUGCAGGUGUCCUUGGCGGCAUUGCAUCUUCUUUCAUUCGUGUCCCUACAGAGGUUGUUAAGCAACGGAUGCAGACAGGUCAAUUUACCUCUGCUUCUGAUGCUGUCCGGCUUAUUGCCUCCAAAGAAGGCUUUAAGGGUCUUUAUGCGGGAUAUGGAUCAUUUUUGCUGAGGGAUUUGCCAUUUGAUGCGAUCCAAUUCUGCCUCUAUGAACAGCUUCGGAUUGGUUAUAAACUGGCAGCAAAGAGAGAUCUCAAUGAUCCUGAAAAUGCUAUAAUCGGUGCCUUUGCUGGUGCUCUGACUGGAGCCAUAACCACUCCUCUGGAUGUGAUUAAGACCAGGUUGAUGGUUCAGGGUUCAGCAAACCAGUAUAAAGGUUUUUUCGACUGUGUCCAGACUAUUGUCAGAGAAGAAGGCCCUAGUGCUCUACUCAAGGGAGUUGGGCCAAGAGUGCUGUGGAUAGGCAUCGGUGGUUCUAUAUUCUUUGGUGUCCUUGAAAGAACAAAGCGAUUCCUUGCAGAGAGGCGUCCUAAUGAUCAGAGGUAUUCAAAGACAGAGUAGAUGGUAAAACUGCAAGAGGCAAUUGAUUCCAAAUGCCAACCAGUAGGAUCAUACAGCUGACAUGUUCUUACAAGUUGAUUCUUGUAGAUCUUUGAGGAAAUAGACUGUAACAUUAAUUUUCCCCUUCUCUGGCUAGCACAUAGGAUGGGUACGCCAUAAGUUGGGAAAUUUGUUUUAUACUUUUGUUGCACUGAAAAUUAGUGAGAGAAAGCAAUUAAAUGAUCGGGUUUAGUGCAACUUCUAUGGACUGUUAUCCAUUGUGUCAAGAGUGUCAGCAAAAUACAGAAUUCAUAUGUAGAUGUUGGGUAGUUGAAGUUUGAUUAAACUGAGACUGAAAAAUGAAAAUGCAUCAUGCAAGAGAGUAACUUAGAAUCCUUGGCAUGUCUGCAGGAAUACAGAGCUCAGUUUACUUUGUUUA